GUUAUAUAAUAAUAAUAUGCACGAGUUAUCAAUUUCUAGGCUGACAAUAGCUUUAAAUAGCUUAAAAUAGGAUUACUAUAAAGUAGAAAAUGAAGGAAAAGGGAAUAGAUAUUAAAUUAAAUUUCAAUAUGUUAUUGGUGUAUUAUUUUAUUUUUAGAUAGAAUGUGUCAAUUUGAAAUGUAAAUCAUAUAAAUUUAAUUGUAUAAUGAAUUGUAGAAUAAGUAAUUGAG